GGAGAACCUUCCUUGAAAUGACUUGAAAACGUAAGAAGUUUUGGCGCAAAAGUUUAUUGUUUCGUCUUUCAAGAAGAAAAUUAAUCAAUUUAAAUGUCAAAAAGUUAAACCCAUUCAUUAUCGAAGACACAGCUAAAAAGGAAGUCAUUAGAAAAAUCCAAUUUUUGACCCCGCCUCUUUUACUAUCGCGACAAGUAAACGCCAAAACAUUUGUGACAAGAAUGAAAGCUAAAACAGUUAGCUAGUAACCACUAUUUAAUUUUCCACUCUUCUUUGGUCCUUUUUCGUUGCAUUGAAUUUGAUUAAGUAUAAUUGUUAGGCAUAUAAAGGAUAUCAAGUAUUCCGGCAAGACCCAAACACUCUAUACGGUACACAAUUGUUGUCGCCGAGUAGGCUGCUUCCUUUGAAUUCCAAGCGGAACAAAACCUUGAUUAUUUGCCUCGUGUGGUUUUUAUUUCCUAAUCAAGGUUUGUUCCCAGCGGGAAUACUGGUUGAGCGAUAUCACGAGUGUACGACACAAGCGCCCUCCUUUUUUAUCACAUCACGUCCUACGUUUUUCUUCUGCAAAGCAUUGGCCCUUUUAAUGCUUUAGCUUAUUUUGGUUAUAAAAUUGUAAAAACAUUUUUAGACAAAACAUAUAUAUCUUUGAGCUUGCAAUCGACUGUGAGACAUCCGCUUCCGUGUAUGAAACUGUUGUUAAUCGAAUGAAGUGCAGGAUAUUUGCUAAUUUUAUUACGAAAGGUCUUUUAUCUCACACAGUAAGACCCCUGUGAAACGAACAGGGGGAACUGAGAGGAGGGGGCUUUCACUCGAUUGCUUUCCCUGGGGGCCCUUAAUCGUAACGCAAGUCUGUUAGUAGUCAUGGGAAUAGGCCAGUUAAUGAGAUUAACGAUUAAUUUUCUUACAUUCAUUCUGUUGUUGAAGAGAAAUGCGAACCGAAUGCGAACUGGCAUUUUGUGCUAAAAAUUGUCCAACUAGCUACCAUUUCCGAUUCAUGCUGAAAAGUCACUUUUCCGUUCGAAGUGAAGAAAUAGUUGACGUCUAAACGGAACGGACUGAAUGGGGGGCAAUAUGCGCGAUGACGCAACUUGCAAUGUCCUUGGGUUUAAUGUCCGCGAAAAUGGAUUGUAAAAAGUCUGUUUGGCGUAGAAACAUACAACAAGUCCUGCGGGAAAUAAAAAAAAAAACAAUUGCGUCAGGAGGCAAAGAUAUCAAGCCUUUGACGGAAGAAGCUGUCAAUUGCGACUUUUCUUCAAGUGCUGCAGAAAAAACAAAUAGUUCGGCUGUUAAAACAUUAAUCGGCCUUUUAAGUAUUCAGACAAAAGCUGGCGCCGCCAAAUCAACAUCACUAACGGAGAAUGAAGCCUGUACUACACCGCUUUCAAUGUAUGGAAAACUUCUUUUGUUUUCGAUUAUGAAGAGCAAACAGUAGGGUAGAGAAAACUGACUGAGGCCAUUGGAGAACGUUUCCUAAAUAGCGACAACAAUAUUCUUAGUUGAAGGUAAGAGAUUGCCAACUACACAGGUGCUCUGAACUGUGUGAUCUUCAAAGAAAAAUCUAGGGAAAAUGUUCAGCAACAACACAACUUUUGGCGAAGAAAACCAAACUGAUUCUACAUUUUUGGCGACAAAUCAGUUUUGUUCGCUAUUGAAACAAGUGCAAACUGGAGACGACAUCACGUUUGCGGAAUUUAGAGCGGUGUGCGCUUUCAUCUCGUCUGCGAACGCUUUCUUUGCUGUUCUAGCUAUACUUAGUAACUGUGUGAUCAUUGCAGCUUUUUAUCGAUUUGUCUCAUUGAGAACACCAUCCAACCUGCUCUUGCUUGGUUUGUCGUUUUGUGACUUGUUCGUCGGCUUAGUUACUCAACCUUUGUUUGUGGCUGAAACAGCUUUAGUCGCCGCUAAUUCAGGCGUAGCUUGCACACUCAAAGAUUUGUAUGUAAUAUUCUUGUUCUCGUUUUCGUCCGCUUCUGUACUUCACGUUUGUGUAUCUAGUAUCGAGCGUUCCGUUGCUAUAUUUUACCCUUUUAAACAUCAGUUCUUUGUAACGAAGAGGAAUGCUGUGGUAGCUCUGACGGGUUUUUGGAUUUCAUGGGCGUUGUUAACCAUUUUCACUCGACGCGAGCAUGGAGGAGGCCUCAUAGGCUACUCGCGCAUGGCGUUUGUUAUCUUCAGCGCUUUGGUGGUGUUUGUGAUGAACGUCCGGCUAUUUGUAGAAGCUCGGGCCCAUUCAAGACAGAUUCAAGACUCUACAGUACAAUCGUGGUCACCAUCGCAAGAAGAAAUCAACGAGAGAUCAAGACCUGCCAGAGAAAAAGCCGCCCGGGACAACAAAGCCGCCAAGACAACUUUCCUCAUCAUUGGUAUCAUGAUUUUGUGCAAUUUGCCGCUCAUAACAACAUUCACUGCGCGCAAGUUUUACAAUGUGCGUGGACGAGUGGCCACUUUGCUUUGGUUUACUGCAAACUCGAUUGUUCUCUUGCCUGCCGUACUGAAUCCCGUAACUUACUUUUGGCGCAAAAGAGAGUUCAGAACUUGCGUGAAGAGAAUGUUUGGUUGGCAAAAUGCUGUUGGAAUUCAGGAGUAACUAACAACGGUGUAACUCAAAACCGAAGAAAAUAAACUUGGCCAUGUUUAGGCACCGGUAAGCGCUGAACUCAAACCGAACAAGGCGUUUCCUAACUUUAGAUUAUAUUCCUCUUCUCGCGCAGUGAUAAGCCGAAAUCCUCAGGUUAGAAAUGUAAAUGUAAAUCUUAUUGAUAGUGGUCAUGCACUUAGCUAUACAUGCACUAAGCUUACG